AUGGCUGAUGAUGAACUACUAUCUGAUGAGCCUCUUGAAGAGUCCUCUGAUGCGUCUGAAGAGUCUUUCCAGUCUGAUGAGCUACCUGCUGUUAUACCUGUUGAUCCACUUGUUGAUGUACCACCUGUGGAACCUGUACCACAAUUGUGCCACCUUCACCCCAGUAGCACCACCUUCAGUAGCACAACCUGCAGCAGUGAUGGUCCUGAAAAAUGUGAGGCGUUUUAUUAA